AUGUCCAAAUUGGAGUCUUUUCCUCGUCCAACCGUGAUAUAUCACUCGCAAACCUAUGACCGCAUCUCCCAACACCAUGGCUUCAACGGCGCUGGCAAGACUAUCCUCGUCACUGGCGGCUCUUCAGGCGUCGGCCACAGCAUCUGCAAAGCAUUCGCACAAGCCAACGUCGCGCGCAUCGCCAUCAUAUCCCGCUCCCUAGGACCGCAGGCCCAAGCCAAAUCAGAACUCGAAGCCGCGUACCCUUCGACAGAAAUCCUAAUCUACCAAGCUUCCAUUACGGAUAGCAUACGCAUGACCAAUAUCCUACAGGAGCUGGGCACGGUCGAUGUGCUCGUACUAUGUGCGGCUGUCGUGCACCGACAGGUCAAAGCGACUGAGGUCAGCGCUGAGGAAAUUCAGGAUGCAUUCGAUGUGAACGUCAUCGCACCAUUCAAUAUCACCAAGGCAUACCUGGAAACCCCGUUACCAGCGGGUGGGACGAAGACGAUCAUCAAUAUUACAUCCGCGGCGGCGCAGACGAGAAGUCCGUUUCGCGUUGGGUACGGGCCUAGUAAGGCAGCUAUUACCCAGGUGAUGCAACAUUUCGCUUGGGAGAGGGAGAGUGAAGCGGUGCGAGUUUUCUCGUUCCACCCUGGUGUGUUUUAUACCCCGUCUGUGGCAGAGCAUUAUGCGGAGGAUGCGCGGGUGUGGGAGGAUAUCAACCUCCCUGCGCACUUUGCGGUUUGGUUAGCGGGCCCGGAGAGUGGGUUUUUGAAUGGGAGGUAUGUGUGGGCAAAUUGGGAUGUCAAUGAGUUGAUUAUGUUGAAGGACAGGUUGAGUAAGGAUAGGAGCUUCUUGACCAUUGGUUUGGUGGUAUAG